UGGCUGGAGCAUAUUUGUGGAAGGUGUGGUGAGAAUGAUCAGUGUGUACUGAGUCAGAGAGCUCAGAGUUACCUGCUUCUAUGAAGAACACAGCUUUGUAGGGAGUUGUUAACUCUCUCUCAUAUUGCAAAAUGGCUGAGCUUGAGAACAUACAAAACCUUCGUGAAAACUUCAAGAAACAAAAUAAAUCUUGUUUUAUCCUUGGUGCGUCAGGAGCAACUGGCAAAGAGUUGUUAAAAGAAAUUUUGAAACAGCAAUUGUUUUCUAAUGUCACCAUCAUAGGACGUAGAAAACUGACUUUUGAAGAAGUGGCAUAUCAAAAUGUGAAUCAACAGGUGGUAGACUUCGAAAAACUGGAUGAAUAUUCUGCAGCAUUUCAAGGUCAUGAUGUUGGAUUCUGUUGUCUUGGUACCACAAAAGCAAAAGGAGGAGCAGAUGGACUUGUUCGUGUUGAUCGAGAUUAUGUUUGCAUGUCAGCAGAGUUGGCAAAAGCUGGUGGUUGUAAACACUUCCUCUUGGUAUCUAGCAGUGGAGCUGAUAAGCACAGCAUUUUUUUUAUUUUAAAAAUCAAGGGUGAAGCAGAAGUUAAAAUUGAAGAACUUAACUUUGAACGCUGCACUAUAUUUAAACCUGCAUUGAUUUUAUGUGACCGAGAAGAGUCCCGUCCAUUGGAAUGGUGUGCUAGAAAAAUUCUGGGUUGCCUCUCUCAUGUGAUGUCUAUUACUGCACUUUCUGUGCCCAUUUCAACGUUAGCAAGAGCUAUGGUGAAUAAUGCAGUAAUACCGAGUGACAAGAAGGUGGAGCUGUUAGAGAACAAGGAUAUCCACGUGAUUGGAAACCAAGAUGAAACAAAGACCAGCUAAAUGGUGUGAUGUUAACAGAUAUUGUGCACUUCUGCCCCUCCCUAACAGCAUCACCAAUUCCUAUUUCAGGAUCCUAUUCCUAUUUACAAUGCAGUAAAAUUUUGUUAAACAUUUGUGGUUUCUUCCUCCUGCCCCAGGAUUAUGAAAUAAUAAUCCAUUACAUUGUAAAUUGUGCUGUACCAUGCAAAUCCUUUUAUAAGGAUUAUGAGAUUGUAACGAUAGGAGUUGUUUUUUCAAGAUGUGUUGAAUGAAAAUGAUACUUUUGCUGCAGAAUUUUUUAAUAUGAUUUUCAUCCAGCCUAUUACAUGCAUCGAUCCAAAUGAACAGGUGCCUUACAUUUAUUAAAUAGUAUUUUAAUACAUGUAAUAAGAAAGAGGUUUCAGUUACAAGACUGUGUGGCACAUUCAGUCAGUUAUUCUCAGAACUGAACAUUAGCAAAGGGUGUGCAAUGGAGCAAAGACUAUGCAAUCAGUGACCCUUUACCCCUUCACUGGGAGAGAAUUUCAGUAUAACACAAAGAAGCUGCUGUUACUAGUUUUGCUGCUGUCAGCCAGGGACUGUUUGGAGAAUGGUUGCUGUCGAAUUUGUGCCUGUGAUUAUGUUGACUAAGUGUAGAGGGGAAAAAUAAUUUAUCUAAUGAUUUUAAGUCAUUUCUGUUUAUUGCAACUAAGCCUUGCUGCAUAAAGUUGGAACCAUUUGGCUUGCAAAGGGUUCUUGUGUAGAUUAAUUAAACAAGAAAAUAUAUAUGUUUGCAAAGGGUUCAUACUGUUUCCUAGUCUUAGGGAUUCCUUAUUAUACAUUAUAUAGGAGAAAUCCUAUGGAAAAAAUCUUUAUCAGUAUCAAUGGUUGAUUUUGAUAAACAAUGUUUGAAGAGUCACUAGUAAUGAUAUACUGCAAUUUUUAUAAUCAGAGAUGGGUCUAAAGGAGACCUUAUAAAAUAAUCUACACCUUCAAACUUCACUGAGGUUGUGCUUUUGAUGUUAAAUUAAAAUUUCUACAGUCAGACAUAUGGUUUGGUACUGGGUCAGAUGUAAAAUUUAAGAGGCCAGUGUUCUGGUUUCAAUGUCACAAAAUCCUUUGACUUCUUUGCAGGUGAUUUUUUUGCCAAGGUAGUAGAAGUUUAGAGUGACUUCUGUGAUUCUGGAGUUGAGUAAUUUGAACCAAAAGCCUACGCAGAAUCUAAUCUACAUCCAAACACUGUAGAUUUUUUUUUAAUCUAUCCAUUUAAAAACUGUUCUUAGUCACUGCUAUUGUAUUUAAGCCCCUUCUUUGCUUAAACUAGGCGUAGGAAAGAGGAGAAGAAGAAAGCUAGGUUUUGGAGGAGAUACUAAAAUUCCCUAGGCCAGAUUCUGUUCUCAGUUACACCCCUGUAGAUCUAGAAUUACACCACUGAAAGCAGUGGAGUUACUCUGAAUUUACUGUGCUGUAACUGAGAUCAGUAUCUGACUUGGUCCCAAUGUGCUAAUGAUUAGAAUUUGGGCUAAUAGCCCAAAUACUUGAAUCACAAAAAGUAAUGCUGGUGUUCCCUCUGGUGGUUGUACAAUGGCAAAUAACUAAUAAGCACUGUCCAAAGGGCACUUGACAUCUAUAAUUAUGUUGAUAACAGUAAUCACCCAACAUCUUUGCUAUUGCAAAUGAUUGUUUCUGAAACAAACAUGAUCCAUUCUAGUUUCAUUUGAAAGGUAAGAUGGGAGUUGCAGAGAAGAGAAACCAUGUUUGUCAGUGGAAUGCAAAUAGGGGAAAGCACAGACUUAGCAGAAAGGAAUGUGCUUUGACCUUCUCAGAAGGUACUACAACUACUCCAGCUAUACAAGAAUUAAAGGAGAUUAAAAGGAAAUACAUGACAGUAUCUUUCUAUAUGAAAACCAAAGUCCCAAACCUGCAUUACUUUAUGUUGGGUUUGAAUCGGUUUGUCACACCAAAAAAUCAGUAUGCAUCCCUCUGGAGCUGUGCCAGUUUGUUAACCAGGUUACAGUGCUUAGCUGACAUUACCAGUGCCAGAAGGGUGCACAGCAUGUGCUUAUUGUUGCAAAUAGGAGGUGUCACAGUCAAAUAGAGUAGCUGAAUUUAAAGGGAAGGCCAGAUAAUUUCAUGGACCAUAUUAAUAUUUGUAACUAUGCAAAUUUAAAUGGAGCAAUCAACUCCGGUGCUUGAGGGCAUAAACUGAUCACUGCAGGGGGCAGGAAAGAGUCCAGUUCCUCCACCUUUCCUCUCUGUGCUUCAUUGCACAAUUGGUGCUUGAUCCAAUUCCCAUUCAAGUCAAUGGAAAGGCUUCAGUUAGCUUCACUGGGAGAUGGAUUGAGUUUCAGUCAGGCAGAGGGUCAAUCUGAAUAGUAUACUUGAUAGGCUGUGUCAUACCAGGUCAGACCAAUGGCCAAUCUUCUUUGAUGGUGGUCCUCAUACUUUAUAUUCAUCAGUAUUUCAUAUUGCAAAUUAAAAUAAUUUUGAAAGCUAUUGUACCUUUUGAAUGAAAAUUAAGGAGCUUUGUUACAAUAAAUAGUAAAAAGCUGGUGCCAAACUUUGAACAAGUUGAUUUUUCUGCCUUUUUAGAUAUUUCUUUAACUAGUCACAAUGACACUCAUCUUUGAUAAGAAAGGGUGAAUCACUUUGCUUUAAUUUCCUUUAAGAAAUAAUUUAAAUCCAAAAAUGGUAACUAGCAUUAUGUUAAGUGCCUGAUUUUAUUAUUCUCUCUAAGUUCUUAGCAAUAAGAUAAGUAGUAAUAAUUAUAACAUAUAAUUAUAGACCCUGAGCUUGUGUAAACUGGAGUAGUUCCAUUGACUUCAAUGAUGCUAUAUUGAGUUACAUCAGCUGAGGGCUUGGUCCUUUAUCUGCCUCUUUCUCUGUCACAGAUGUACAUACAUAUGUACUUGAUGCCAUAAAUUUACACCAUGCUUUUCAAACAUAUAGUAAGAUGCAAUACGUGUCCCAAGUAGUUUACAAUCCACAUGUGAGAUAUAUAUAUAGUCAACUGAGGUAAGGAUUGUUUGCAAAGCACCAUGUACAUGUAUAUAUCAGUAUUUGAGUACAGUUUGUAUGGACUUGAGAUGGGCACUGCAGAUGUCAAGGAGGUCAGAGGAGCUAUCUGGAAUCAAGACAAGAAUCAAGUAAAGAAAAAUCUAUAGCUAGGCAGAGCAGUCCAUCAUAGAGUGGCAAAAUAUGGCAAAUAACAAACAAGAUGUUAAUAGAUAAUGGCAAUUUCAGCAAUCACUUAUGAUUCUUAAUCUCCUGCAUUAUUUUUUUUUUUUUUGCAUUUAUUUCCCAGUCACACGUUUACUUAUACCAUGUUCCCUGUCCCUUGUACUACUGUAAAAAAUAAUGGCGUGCAACUCUUAUGCAACAAAAAGGCAAAGAACUGUGUGGCCAUUGAUGUAUAUUACAGACUAGUAAAUAUACUUGAUUCCAUUAUUAAUAUUUUUGUUACUACUGACUCAAAGUCUUAAAAAGAGGCUAUGUAAAGUAAUGUUUUAUACCUAUUAACAGACACUGAAUAUUGUAAAAUCAAUGAAUUAAAUUGUAUUGUUUAAUAAUUAGUACUAAAGUCCUGUGCCUAAACAUGUUUUCUGCUUAUCAAAUAUUUGUUAAAAUAUAUUUGAAGUGUUUCUAAAAAUAACAGCUGCUCCAUAUUUUUUUAAUGUUAGAAAAUGUAAGAUGCACUCUCUCUUUCUUGAUUUUUGUUUUGUUUUAAAUGGAAGCCGGUCCUAAAUUAGGAUAUGUAUUAUUUUUCUUAAACAAAUUUUGCUAUUGCUGGUUUGGCUCGUAUAGUGUACUUGUUUUUCCUCUCAUUCCCCACAAGGUGGACUCAUCAGCUUUCUGGGCCCGGUAAACAUACAGAUGAAAACAUUUAGUAAUAGCAUGAAUUGUACAGUAUGUGGUGUUUUUAAAGUAAAUAGUAUUGCUACCUGCAAAAGCUCAAAAAUCAUGAAUAAGUCAC